AGCGCAGGGAGGAGGAGUAAAUCAGUGUUGGAGACUGACGCGGAAGAAGAAUCAGCCUCGGAAAAGGAAGAAGAAACCCGAAAUGAAAGCAGCCCCCCCGUCAGGGGGACUUCACACUUGUUGAUUAUCGUCGGUCUCCAGUACUGAGGCGCUUUUUGGACUUCUUUUCGACCGAUUUGUUGUGUCUUUCUGCGGGCUUGGACCGGCUGUUUCGGGGGUGCCUGGCUGUCUGAGUGAUCGCUGAGACUGAAAAGAUCACCCAUCCAUUUCACAGACUUCACGCUGCUGCGGACACACUCGGCAUCCAGUUCUACCCGAUCGAUAUUUCAUCAUUUAUUCAUCCACCUUCCUUAGCAGGGAGCUUUGGGAAAGUGCCGAGCAGGGCGCCCUGUCCUCCGCGCUGCGCCGCUGGGUGGCACCGCUGUCUCCGGGCGGAGGGUCUUUCUGAUCGCGGGGAUCGAGAGCAGCAGGAGCCGUCGAAAAGGAUCGAAAAUCCAGUAUUAAUCUCUCACUGGAACAGCUGUCGUGUAUUUUGGGAGAGUGGCUGGUCGAUAAAUGUGCAGGAAGUUUGUUUUUUAACGAGCCUGUGAGGCGGGAUUCUCAGACAGCACACCGACCUCGGCGCCCUUUCCGCCGGGCAGCACCGCUGGCUCCAGCCGGUGCGAUGACCGACCCUCCACGGGGCGACACCGACGUCACAAUCGCGAUAAACUGAGCCGUGAACUGGUGGCCUGUUGUGUGUUUUAGGACCUGGAUAAAUAUCUUCCAGGGCGAGGGGGAAAGUCCAGGACACACACCGAGCACGGCGCCCUUUGCCGGGCUGCGCCGCUGUGUUUGGCCCGGUGGGAUGUCUCUCCACUACGGGUGAACUACUUCCUAGAAAUCCAGCCCUUUUGGCACCAGGAGUUACCGCUGUUGAACCCUGUGUUGUCGCCCUGCUGUUGGGAAGUUUUUAUAAGAGGGCGGGCAGGAGGACAUGGCGGACUCCGGCCGGCCCAGACCGGCGGACCCUGAUGCCGCAGAGAGCCGGACAGCGAGCCCGCUGGCCGGGAAGAAGAGGGCGCAGCAGUCCCCCGGACUCCGGUCCAAGUACCAGAGCUCUGCACCGGGUCACUGCUUUAAGAAAGUCACCCUGACCAAACCUACCUUCUGCCACAGCUGCAGCGACUUCAUCUGGGGGAUAAUCGGCUUCUUGUGUGAAGUGUGUAACUUCAUGUGUCACGAAAAAUGCCUGAAGACGCUGCGGAAGGUUUGUUCCUCCAUGACUCCGUCUCUGGUCCAGGUGCCGGUGGCUCACUGCUUCGGUCCCGCCGGUCAGAAGAAACGUUUCUGCUGUGUCUGCAGGAAACAAACAGAGGGAAGCACGGCGCUGCGCUGCGAAGUGUGUGAGCUGCAUGUCCACGCCGACUGUGCCAUCUUCACCUGUGCCGACUGUCGCAGCUGCCACCUGGACGGGAUUCUGGAGCAGGAUACGUUCCACCACCACUGGAGGGAGGGAAACCUGGCGUCAGCGGCAAGGUGUGAGGUUUGCCGGCGUUCGUGCGGGUCGUCUGACGUCCUGGCAGGGAUGAGGUGCGAGUGGUGCGGCAUCACGAGCCAUGCGGCAUGUUACCUCGGCAUGCCGGCAGAGUGCACUCUGGGACGUCUGCGCUGCAUGCUGCUGCAUCCGGCCUGUGUCCGCCUCGACUCCAGAAACUUCAGCAAGAUGCACUGUUACCGCAUCGCUGAGAGCUGCAGCCACGAGCUGGAUAACUCCGAUGAUGCUGAUCUCUCUGCUGCAGCAGCGCCAGCAUCCAAAGACGGUCAGCCGGCUGCCUCAGAGUCAGGUAAACAGUUUCUCAAGGUGUUUGAUGGCGACGAUGCAGUCAAGCGCGGUGUCUUCCGACUGGUCUCAAUCACAAAGAAUGAGGAAGUGGUGGAGGCGGCGCUGAGGGCCUUCUACCUCCCCGACGACCCUCAGGACUUCGAGCUGCACGAAAUCGGCGGCCUGCAGCGUCUGCACAGCGACGACAUCCUGAACCGCAACGGCAGCCCGGACAACAGGAACUCGCUGAAGGACGGAGGCGACUCGUGGCUGCUGAGGGCAAAACCCCGAGUCACUGAGGUCAUCAAGGUGUACACUGACUGGCCCAGGUCAGGCGUUGCUUUCAUUUCGGUUUCCGUCUCAGACAGCAGCACGACGUCCUCGGUCCUCGCCGAGGUCCUCAGUAAGCUGGACAGACAGGAGGAAGAUCUAUCAAAAUUCUCUCUGCUGGAGGUCUGCAUGAGCAGCAAGCAAGUGCAGAGACAGACGCUGACUCCUCAGGAAAAGCUUCGGGACAAACUGCGGGAGAUCAGGAAGGUGUCUCUGCGGCAGAUGAAUCAGACUCGGUUCUACAUCGUGGAGAAUAAGAACCGGGCGGUGCGGGUGGAGCUGCUGAUUGGAGGGCUGCCCCCCCUGCUCACCACAGAAAAGUACACGCAGCUGAUCGAGGAACACCUCGCCAUCAAGAGUCACCUGGUCACCAUCAGCAAUUUCUAUCUCAAUCAAGGUGAGUCGUCCGUCAUGAAAGCAGCCUGCUGGGCAGGUUUAAGGACACAUGUAGUCUUUCCUGGCCUCCUCCUGCUCAGAUCACCUUCUGUAGUUUUCGCACUGGUUCUGUCCCACGAGGACUUCUUGUGUCCUUAUGGCCUGCACACGUUCAGGGAGGUUCCCCGGUUUCGGGUGCUGGUCUGCGGGGGCGAUGGGACGGUGGGCUGGGUGCUUGGAGUGCUGGAGGCUGUAAGGCACAAACUGACCUGUCGCGAACCGCCCAUUGGUAUUGUACCACUAGGAACAGGUAACGACUUGGCUCGUAUCCUGCGGUGGGGUCCAGGUUACAGUGGUGAGGACCCUUACCACAUCCUAGUGUCGGUUUAUGAGGCUGAUGAGGUUCUGAUGGACCGCUGGACCAUCCUGCUGGACGCCCAGGAUGUCUCAGAGGAUGGCAAAGACAACGACUUCUUGGAGCCACCCAAGAUUGUCCAGAUGAACAACUACUUUGGUCUCGGUAUCGAUGCGGAGCUCAGCCUCGACUUCCACCUGGCUCGAGAGGACGAACCCGACAAAUUCACCAGCAGGUUUCAUAACAAAGGUGUGUAUGUGAAGGUAGGCCUGCAGAAGAUCAGUCACACGAGGAGUCUCCACAAAGAGCUGCAGCUUCACGUGGACGGGCAGGAAGUCCCAUUACCCAACAUAGAGGGGCUAAUCUUCCUCAAUAUACCCAGUUGGGGUUCAGGUGCUGAUCUCUGGGGGUCAGAGGUCGACAGUCGCUAUGAGAAACCCAGCAUCGAUGACGGCCUGUUGGAGGUGGUUGGGGUCACAGGGGUCGUCCACAUGGGCCAGGUGCAGAGUGGUUUCCGUUCCGGGAUUCGCAUUGCUCAAGGGAACUACAUCAGGCUGACAUUGAGGAAACCGAUACCAGUCCAGGUGGAUGGAGAACCGUGGAUCCAGCCGCCGGGACACAUCAUCAUCUCUGCUGCUGGACCAAAGGUUCGGAUGCUGAGGAAGUCCAAGCAGAAGCAGAAGAAGUCAUCAGCUAACAUGAGGGACGGACACUCAGAUAGUCCUUCUUCCAGAGAUGGACACUGACCCGAUCACCCGAUAAUGGCCGUCCUGCCUGUUAUCUGCCUCCUGCUACUGCACAUGGGUAACCGUUUUGGUGCCAGCAGCCAGCUGUGAAUUCACUCAUGUAGCUUUGCAGCGACACUAACGAGCCGCAGACGGACCACAGACUCGUGGACGUUUACCGUCUUGCAAAGUGGGAGAAAGUCAUGGAUCACUUGGGAUUGCAUUUCAUGCCUACUGUCCAGGCGCCGACCAUUUACAGAAAUCACAGUAACCGUGGUUAAUAAUUCCACUCCUAACUUUUUUACUUAACAGUAAAUAACUCACAGCAGGAUGUCUGCAUAGACUGCAAAAGAAAUUGUGUUGAAUUUUGACCAUUUCUCAGUAUGAAUAAGCUCUGCGCUGGAAAAAAAAAUCUAGACAAGUAUUUAAAGUAUCUGUCCGGACGUGACUGUAUAUGUGCAGUAAGUAGCAGUACUCAGUGUCAGCUGAUAUAUUAUAUAAUAACUUUAGUCGUGAAAAAUAAUGUGCAGCUAUAGAAUAAUUAUGACCUCAGUGUUGGUCUGUUUGUCAUCAGAAAAUAUGAAGAAAGCGGAUACUGAAGACAGCGACGGGCAGUUUUUUUAAAAGCUGUUACUACAUAAUGUUUCUCGAAAGCAGUAAUUUCCUGGGAGGCCCCACUACCCUUCUUCUUCUUCUUCUUCUUCUUCUUCUUCUUCUUCUUGAUUUCUUGUGUGAAAUCCUUUAGUAAUAUUUACACACAGUUUAGAAAUUUUACACUAUUGAGCGUAAUUAAAGUCAGAUCAGGGUGAGCUAUGCUAAGCAGGGUUAGCUGGAAAGAAGAACAGUAAAGCCUGGAGCAGGUUGUAGUUCAGCAAAGGGAGAGCUGUUUAUUUUUGAUGCUCACACAGAUUAGUCUUGCAGUAAAGCUUGUCUUAAAUAGAAAUGUGUUUACUGGAAAAUAUAAAACAAGAGAAACUCCAAGAUAAUUUAGAAUAAUUUUAAAAAAUACCAAAGGCCACCUAAUAAUUUGGUUUCAAUCAGCAGAAGAAUACAUACAUAUAUAUAUACAGUAUAACAUACAAGUGCAGAUUUCUUAUAAGAACUACAGAACAUCCAGUUAGGAUAGCAUUAAAGAGACAAACAUUUUACUGACAGGAGCCCGUUUUGAUAUUUUUUGAUGUUUUAAUUUUUUACAUUUUUUAAUUUUUAUUUUACAGAAGUGUGUGAUGGCACUUGUUGAAGCCGUCAGGUUAUUCAAGAUACUGAGAAACAACCCAAACAGUGGCCAUUACUUUAAAUCAAUUUAAUUUUGAAAAUUGUGUACCAGAUACAAAAAUUAGCCUAAUAACACUCCUGUAGCAGUUAGUAACUGUGCAAGCUUGUUAGCUAGUUUUUUUUAGUCAGUUGUGUGCAUUAAGGCACAUUGAAAGUAUGUUUAUUAAACAGGAUUUUUGCUUUUGUUCAUUAAGUUCAUUUGCAGCUAAACAAAACACAAACAUCUUGAACAUGCAAGCUAAGUGAAUGGUUACUUAGCUAGCACUAAUCUUUACUUUUGGCUAGUGUAAAAACGUGACUAAUAUUUUGUAACCUGAAAAUCAUUCAUUUGAGUCCGUUUUUAAAAUGCAGAGGUCAAAACCACUCAAUAAAAGUUAUUUUAAAUUUGUAGUCAUUAGAAAAUUAACUCACUGUGUGCCAUUUUAGUUACAGGUGCCAGAAAUUAUCUAGAAGACCUGUUACAUUAAAAAAGCUUCCUGCUAAGCUAGUUUUCUCAAUUAAAAGUAGUAAAAUUAUUAGCUUAGCAGGCUAGUUAGCUACUUUUAAAAAAAAAGUAAGCUAUUCAAAGAUUGAAUUUGUUCAUUGUCCAUAUCAGGAACUGAAAACUGAAAUAAAAUUCUGUUUUCAUUUCCUGAAAAUUGAAAAAAAAUGUAGCUAGGCAAUGUAAGCUUAAAAUAUUAGCUAGAGAACUAGCUAUAACAGAACUUUGCUAUGUGUAUGAGUAAUAUUAGGCUACUUAUUUUAUAAGUCAAAUUGAGGGUUUCAGUUAAACUAAUCUAGAUACUAUAUUGUUAAGCAAGCUUAUAAAGAUAGCAUAUACAAACAAAAUAACAAAUUCAAUUCGUCUGAAUGUUACUGAAAUAGAAAAGGUGAAAAGGUCAGUGGUAAAUGUAACCAAUGAGGUCAGGUAUAAAGUAAUUCAAAUAUUGUGUAAGAGGUGUGUUGACCUUGCACAACAAUCUAAUAAAUCGAAUUAUUUCAUUUUCAGUACCACUUUGUAGAUGAUGCCUUCAUCCGAUCUAAAUUCUGUAUUGCUGAAUUUAUCCAAAAAUCCCAACUUAAUCUAAACCAGACCUAAAACAACAGAGCCAGCAGAGUCCAACCUUAACUUUUAUCUCCCCCUUUUUGCUGAGUCCUGCUCUUUAACUAUAAAGGAAGGACUCAAAGUUGAGCUCCAUUUGCCAUUUUAAAGACUCUGAGAGAAGGGACUUAAUGAAAGGGGCACUUUGUUCACAUUCCCAGAGUAUGAAGAAGCUCAAAACUUUGAAAUAGACUGAAUAAAUGCUGAAGGUUCGAGCUCUUGAUGUAGCCUCAAAAACAUUCAAUAACUGUACUUUGGCUGUAAUUUGUACACUUAAAAUCAACGUGUGCUUAAUAGAUUUAUUUUCAUGUUAUUUGGUGCUAGAAGAUAAAAUAUGUAUAGUCGUUCUGUGCUUGGUUUGAGAUUCGAGGAUGUUGUUUUUAUUUUCUAAACCUUAAAAUGAAGUUUAUGAAAUCUGACUAAUGAAGGUGAAAUACCUCUCGAUGACUUCAUUCAACCCUUUUCUGCAGUCGCUCUUUUGGCCAGUUUCCACCAUUCUGCUGUUUUACAUGUUACACGUUUCUUCAUUUUUCUGUCUCAUAUGCAAUGUUUCUGCAUUUCAGUGUUGUUAGAUAUUCAUGUUAAAUAUCUCCAAAACUGAAAUACUGAAUUUCUAUUCAAGUCAGUUUUAUUUGUAUAGCACCAAAUCACACCAGCCACUGCCUCACAGCUAAACAUAUGUAAAAGUGAUUGGAAAAAUUAGCAUUUGUAUGCCUGAAUUUUUUUUUCUUUAUCAGUUAACCCGUGCAUGGCUACAAAGUACAGCCUGAAAGCUCUAUUAGCUGCCCCUUGGUAGGCCUCCUUAAGUUGGCCAAUCAAGAGGAAGUGGCUUUUUAGCAUCUCUGGAGUCUCAGAAUAAAAGUAUGGAGUUUGGAAAUAAGCAGAAUAGGUCUCCUCUGAUAACAUCACAUGUGGUUAGUAUAUAAAGAUAAAUUGGUUGUUGUAAAUGUUGAAAACCUACCAAAUUAUGAAUUAUAGCUCUUUAAAUUUCACAUUUCCUGGUUUCCCAGACUCAUCGUCCACAAGUGAACCAGACAUCAGCUUGUAAUAAAAAGAAAAUGAAGGGUUGGAAGACACUUUCAUACACAGCAACAUUUAAUUUUGGUUCACCUAUUCUAGAGAAACAAACUGCAGAACCUGGUGGACACAGCAGGAGGCGCUGCAGAAAAAGGAUUAAUAAUGAACAACAGCGAGGGUUUCUGGCUUUAAACAGAGGUGCAAGUCGACCUCUGAUUGAAGUGCGUUCAGGCAGGUUGUGUUUUCCUACACUUGAUGCUGUGUGUCUACUGGCAGUAGGAUGUAGUUGUGUAAGUGUACACUUAUGAAGUACUGUCAGAGUGUUUGUUACAUGAAGUACUGUAGCUUUGUUCCAUGUAGAGCUGCAUUUUUGUGCUUUUACAGCAGCGUUUGAGCUCGUCUUCACUGAUGACGAUGAGUAAAACUGCUGCAGUCACACCUUUGAAACACUCCAUACCCCCACCAGUCUUAAUGUGUUACCACGUUCUUCUGGUCAGUCAGUCGUCUGUGUUAACUUUUCGUUAAAGGUGGUUGAUUCUGUUUUAGUGUCUCCGCAGUGGGCAGGAAGUGUAACUUCUCUGCAAAAGAACUACACCAGAAUUCAUCCUUAAAAUGGAUUCACAGUUUGAAAGAGAUCAAAACCAGAAGACUUGUUUUCAAAAUUGAUGAUAAAUAUGUUUAAUUCUGCUGAUGGGCAGAAGAAUGUCUCGCACAUGUUUUGUUUUGAGUAAAGAGUUAUGGAAUAGCAUUGGACCAAACCACUGUGAGGCCAUGUGGGGGGGGGGUCUAUAGUUAUAUAGCUAUAUAGUUACAGUUACAGCGAAGCAUUGAGAACAAUGGGAGUGACUAUCUGGAUGUGACGACACACUUUUGAGAAGGGCCUGGUCCCCCACCGCCCCCUUCGGCCACACCCCUGUUCCUUUAAAAACAGUUCAUCAGCGUUGUUUCACCUGUUCGGUCUUAAAGAAUGUCCCAGCUGAAAGGCAUGCAGAGAUUUUGGGUCACUUUCUCACAUUUCUGGGGAAGCCUUCAUUCAUUUUUGCCACGCUAUAAUUCGCACCGUGCCAUACGAGUCGUUCUGUUGUGUCAAACCUCGCCGCUUUGACUUUCUGCUUCUCUGCAUCCGCUGUGCCUCCGUUGUAGUGUCCAAAGUAUCAUACACCAGGCUGAGGUCGGCGUGGCCUUCACGCCUCGACGCCCUGAGUGCACUGAUGUUUAACGUGUGUGUUUCCUGCUGGUGCAGUGGUGUGUUCACUCUGAGCUGAUGUGCCUCCAGUUUUCUGUUGCUGUAAUUCUCUCUGAAUAGAUGAUUUGUCUAUUUUUGCAGACAGAAGCUGUUUUUUUAAGUUUUAACUGUAAAUUAUAAAUUGCACUAAUUGUUUUACAGAUGCUCUUAGAUGUGACGUUCAGGUUAUCAUGAAUGUUGUCAUAACUAAAGCUAAUUAUCUAGAAUAUAUAUAUAUAUAUAUAUAUAUAUAUAUAUAUAAAAUGUUUAAAUUAUGUGUCUAAUUGUAAUAAACUAAAG